UGGCACUCAAUUGAACGCCAAUCAUAAGAAACACGUGUUUUUGCGGUCCAAACGUGUGAAUGAUUUACUCAUUUGUGAGACAAUAAUAAUGAGUAAAAUUAAUUUCGUUUCAUCUGUUUAUUGGAUCAGAAGAGGUGUCGCCAAAGAAGUGCCAAACACUGUCCAACUGACCAAAGAUGAUCUCAAACGGAUCAUCGAUGAACACAAACAACAGCACGGAUCAGAUGAACAAAAUGACGAUCAGAUGAGUGUAUCGGACGAAGAAGUGGCAGAAAAUGGCCAAAACGACGACAAUAUAGUAGAGAAAUACGGUUUAGAUAAUUACGAUGAGGACAGCGAAGGAGAGUUGGGAACAAAUAGUUUGAGCGCUUUGGCCAGUCUUACCGUCUAUGGAGAUAAUACUGAAGACCCGUAUAUUGAAAACGAUGACAAUUCAGACGAAUCGGAUGAAAAUGAAGACUUUCGGAUCAAACCGACUGAUAAUUUAGUUCUUGUCGGACACGUUGAAAGUGAUGCCUCUGUCCUUGAAGUGAGGGUUUACAACGAGGAGGACGAGCAUUACGUUCAUCACGACAUCAUACUUGGCUCUUAUCCCAUAUGCUUGGAGUGGAUUAACUACAGCUCCAGUAGCGAAGAACCGGUCAAUUAUGUAGGAAUCGGUGAUAUGGGCAAAGAGAUCACCAUUUGGGACAUCGAUACCGUCAACUCAUUAGAGCCCGUCUACAAACUUGUGGGACACGAGGACUCAGUUCUGGACCUCUCGUGGAAUGCAAACAUCCGCAAAAUGCUUGCGAGCGCUUCCGCCGAUCAAAGCUCUUGUGUUUGGGAUUUAGAAAAAUGUCAAAUCAUUACACGUUUCGAUCACUUCAAGAGUAACGUACAGUCCAUUGAAUUUCAUCCGUUUGAAGCGCAGACACUACUCAUUGGUGACACCAAUGGAAUCGUUUCGAUAGCCGACUGUCAAAGCGGAGGCUUUAAGAAGUGGAAAGUGGGCGAGAAUUGUGAGGUCGAGAAAGUGAUUUGGAAUCACUUCAAUCCAUACACAUUCUUCUGCUCCACUUCUGAUGGAAAUGUUUUCAAUUAUGACGUCCGCAAUGAGAAGAAAGCCAUUUAUUCAAUCAAUGCACACACGGAUUCGGUCACCGGUCUGUCCCUUAGUCGUCAUUGCAAUGGAUGUCUGAUCACAGCAUCCAUUGAUAAACUGGUAAAGGUUUGGGACGUUGACGACACGAGCGCUCAUUUUAUAACACAAUUCUCUGAUCUAAAUAUCGGCGCUGUUUUGAGUUUGAAUUGCAAUCCAGACCUGCCUUUCAUUAUAGCCGUCGGCGGCGACAAUAAUAAAUCCGAAAAUUUUAAGAUUAUUGAUAUUACAAAAUCCAAAAAAGACAUCCGUUAA